AGCUAGCUACUUAAUGGAUAAUGCAUGCUUACAUAUAGACCAAUAACUUGUACAUUUCACACACAAAUUUUAAUUCUUAUUUUGUGUUCAACAUAAAAAAAAAAUGGAAGGAUUGAGAAGAAUUUUCUCAAUGCUAACCAUCAUUCUGGUUGUAAUUGAGGUAGGAGAAGCUCAAUUGUCUGAGAAUUUUUACAGCAAAACUUGCCCACAAGUUGAAUCCAUUGUCAAACAGGCUGUAGUCAAAAAAUACAGCCAGACUUUUAUAACUGCUCAGGCUACUCUUCGUAUGUUUUUCCAUGAUUGCUUUGUUCAGGGCUGUGAUGCUUCAGUGAUGAUUUACUCACCAAAUGGAGAUGCAGAAAAGGAUUCAGCAGAUGAUAUCUCUCUAGCAGGUGAUGGAUUUGACACUGUUAUUAAAGCUAAGAAAGCAGUUGAAGCAGCUUGUCCCGGUGUUGUUUCAUGUGCUGACAUCUUAGCUCUCGCGGCUAGAGACUCUGUAGUCGUGGCAGGGGGGCCCACAUUCAGUGUAGAACUAGGACGCAGAGAUGGGCUAACUUCUAAAGCAUCAGAUGUUCCAAAACACUUACCUGAACCAACCUUCAAUUUUGGUCAAUUACUCAGCAUGUUUCGACAACACAAUCUAGACCAAACUGAUCUAGUAGCAUUAUCAGGUGCACAUACAAUAGGUGCAGCUCACUGCUCCAAAUUUUCGAGUCGGGUCUAUAACUUCUCGCCAUCUAACCCGAUAGACCCGAGCUUGAACCCGAGUUAUGCUCAACAAUUGAAGCAACAAUGCAAGCCAACAGUAGACCCGAAUUUUGUUGUACCCAUGGAUCCUGAUACACCAGGGACAUUUGAUAAUAAGUAUUAUCAGAAUCUUAUUGCAGGAAAAGGUUUAUUUACCUCAGAUCAACAACUUUAUAUUAACCCAUCAACUAAGCCUAUUGUGGUUGAUUUUGCCAAUAAUCCCAAUCAUUUUUAUGCUGCCUUUGUUAAUGCUAUGAGAAAGCUUGGUAGAGUUGGGGUUAAAACUGGUAAUCAGGGUGAUAUUAGGAAGAAUUGUGCAGCUUUUAAUUGAUCAUCAAAAAACAAAACACAUUUUCUGUUGUAUGA